CACAACAAAUAGACAGAGCACAAAAUACACACCAAUACAAUGAAACGUGUGUUCGCGUGGCGCUGUGUGAGCAUUUUUCGAUGAGCGAGAGAGUGUGUGUGUCAAAGUGAAUAUAGUCUCAUUGUGUCUCCGUUCAAAACGUGGUGCAAGAGAAACCAAAACAAAUUUUUUUCAUUUUAAAUACAGAAUCUUUUCUACUCAUCAAUGGGAAGCAUUUUAAAAUCAAGUAGAUUUGAUUCAGAUUUUUAAUUAGUCGUAUUUUAAUUGCAACGAGACAAUAAGCAGUUGUUGAAUUUUCGAUAAAGUUUCUUUUUUUACAUAAAAGCAUAAAGUGUUCAAGUGAUUUUGGUAGAAGAGUAUUGUGUUCCGAAGCAAAAGAAGCAAAAAUGUCGAUGCAACGCUUUGUUGGUGUGUUCUUUAAGAGCAUUUUAUCAGUUCAACGUACGUCGGGAAUUUCAAGUGUGCGUAUGUUGUCGACAUCAAAGUGUCAUGCCAAAUUUUUAUCGUCCAGCCCAAACGCUUAUUUGGAUAAAUCGGUGUUGAAUCGAUACCGUCAAUUAAAGUAUGAUUCGAGCAAAAUUCAAGCCACCUAUCUGUGGAUUGAUGGCACGGGUGAGAAUAUCCGAUUAAAAGAUCGUAUUUUAAAUAAGGCACCAGAUCGUGUUGAAGAUUUGCCACAAUGGCAAUACGAUGGCAGCUCAACAUAUCAAGCGCUCGGUGGUAAUUCGGAUACUACACUUGUACCGCGUGCUAUCUACCGUGACCCUUUCAAGGUCGGCGAACGUGAUGUUAUCGUUGUGUGUGAUACGUACAAGCCAGAUGGUGAACCAACCGAGAGCAAUCAUCGUUAUCUCUUGCAAGAUGCCGUCGAUAAAACCAAAGAGCACGAACCAUGGUUCGGAAUUGAACAGGAAUAUACGUUGCUUGACAUCGAUGAACGGCCAUUUGGAUGGCCUGAAAACGGCUUUCCCGCGCCACAAGGUCCCUAUUAUUGUGGAGUCGGAGCAAACCGCGUCUAUGCUCGUGAUUUGGCCGAAGCGCAUGCAUUGGCUUGCCUGUAUGCUGGUAUUGAUUUUGCUGGCACUAAUUCUGAAGUGAUGCCUGCGCAAUGGGAGUAUCAGGUUGGACCAUCGCUUGGAAUUAAAGCAGCCGAUGAUUUAUGGGUAUCGCGUUACAUUUUGUGGCGUAUUGCCGAAGAAUUGGGCAUCGUGGUUACAUUUCAUCCGAAACCGAUAAAAGGUGCUUGGAAUGGGGCUGGAGCACAUACAAAUUUCUCAACUCGUGCGAUGCGUGAAGAUGGUGGUAUUAAAGCCAUUAAAGCUGCCAUUGAAAAAUUGUCCAAGAAACAUGACAAACACAUUAAAGCGUAUGAUCCGCGCGGGGGUGCUUACAAUGCCGAACGAUUGAUUGGAGCACUCGAAACUUCUUCGAUUGACAAAUUCUCAUGGGGUGUUGCAGAUCGUGGCUCAAGCGUUCGCAUUUCACGCAGUGUUGCUAACGAUGGUAAGGGUUACCUAGAAGACAGACGACCUUCGUCAAAUUGUGACCCAUACGCAGUGUGCAAUGCCAUUCUAACCACCACUCUAAUCGAAUAAAUUUGCCAAUUUGGCAUUGGAUUACAUGGAAAUGUUCAACAAACAAUUGUUACGUACUGAUUUCCGCACAAAUUCUUUUAAAUUCCUACAAACUCUAUACUUAAUCAUAAUAAUAAUCAAUGGAAUGGAUGUAUGAAUAUUAAUCUUUUUUUCUUCUCAAUCACAUAUUGUAAUACCAUGUAAAUUAAUUACACAAUUUCAAUGAAUAAACAAUGUUUAAUAGAACACA